UCUCAAUCCUCCAUAAAUGGCAAUGGACUUGGAACAGACCUUGAACUUUACAGUAGUAGUACCAUACUCAAAGCCUGUUUUCUCUCUAUUUUGGCUCCCACCACAAAAAUGUGCUUCCUACGAAUACUGUUCAAUAACCUCUCAAAGACUCUCAUCCUUUGCGAUUUGCCUCUUCGUUUCCCUUGGCAUCUUCCUUGUCAAAACCAAGUUUAUCAAUAUCUUUACCAAAAGCAAGAACGUUCCUUCUCUUCCUCCAGGUCCUUCUCCAUGGCCUCUGGUUGGAAAUGUCCUCGAGAUGUGGAGGAAUAGACCUGCAUACCGAUGGAUUAACCGUUUCAUGAAAGAACUCGAUACAGAUAUCGCUUGCAUUUGCUUAGGAAAAACCAAUGUCAUCACUGUCAAUUCACCAGAAAUCGCUAGAGAAUUCUUCAAAAAAUAUGAUGCAGUUUUCGCAUCAAGACCUUUAACAGUUAACACUGGUAUUUUCAGUCGUGGAUUUUUGGCCACAAUAGUAACACCGAUGGGAAACCAGUGGAAGAAGAUGAGAAGGGUUUUGAUUCAUGAUGUAUUCAACCGUUCCAAAAUGCAAUGGAUGCUUCAGAAACGGAAUGAAGAAGCCGAUAACCUCAUUCGGUAUAUCCACAACCUGAGCUACAAUGGUGGCUCUGCAGGGCAAGUGGUUAAUGUGAGAACUGCGGCACAACACUACACAGGAAAUGUGAUGAGGAAGAUGAUGUUCAACAGAAGGUUUUAUGGGAAAGGAAGCGAAGAUGGAGGACCUGGUGUUGAAGAAGAAGAGCAUCUUUCUGCACUUUUUACUUUGCUUUUACACAUCUAUGCUUUCUCUGUGGUGGAUUAUCUUCCAUGGAUGAGGGUUUUUGAUUUGGAUGAGCAUGAGAAGAAGGUUAGUGAGGCUAUGGAGGUGUUGAAAAAGUACCAAGAAGUUAUAGUGAAUGAGAGAGUUCAACAAUGGAGGGAAGGAAAGAAGAUAGAGGCUGAGGAUCUGCUUGAUAUUUUCAUUACACUCAAAGAUGAAGAUGGAGAACCUUUAUUGUCUAAUGAUGAGAUCAAAGCGCAAAUCACGGAAAUUUUUCUUGCAACAGUGGACAAUCCUUCCAAUGCAGCUGAAUGGGCUCUAUCGGAAAUGCUCAACCAACCUGAACAACUUGAAAAAGCAGUGGAGGAAUUAGAUAGGGUUGUUGGUAAAGACAAGCUUGUUCAAGAACAUGAUAUUCCUAAUCUCCCUUAUAUCACUGCCUGUUUAAGGGAAGCUUUCCGUCUUCACCCGAUUUCCCCGUUCAACGUCCCCCAUCUCUCUGUCUCUGAUUGCAUUGUGGCUGGCUAUUUCAUCCCCAAGGGAAGUCACGUAUUGCUAAGCCGGUUGGAAUUAGGCCGAAACCCUAAGGUUUGGGAAGACCCUUUGAGAUUUGACCCUGAACGCCAUUUGAAGGAUGGAGUUGCUACUCAACAAGUAAGUCUUGCUGAACCUGAGCUUCGCUUCAUUACAUUCACUACUGGAAGGCGAAGUUGCUUAGGCAGUUGGCUCGGGACGACCAUGUCAGUGAUGCUGCUUGCUAGGCUUGUUCAAGGGUUUACAUGGAGCAUGCCACCAGGUGUGGAGAAAAUUGACCUAAUUGAAGCUGACUCACUCUUGUUGAAGGAUACUCCUCUUCAUGCUCAUGCAAAGCCUCGCUUGCCUGCAAGUGUUUAUCCAAUGAACUAGUUCAAUUAUGCAUGAACUCCAAGACAUAUAGCUAGUUAGGAAUUAAAUUUGGAUCAUGAUGCUACGUACUAGCAUAUUACUUUUCGAUCCACAUUAUUAUCUGCAGGCUAAGAAUAGAAUAAAACUGCAUUCAUGUUUGAUGGGAUAUACAUUUAUAGAUUUUAAUCACGUUUACUUAGAAAAAGUAUGGAUAUACAUUUAUAUGAGUUAUUGCGGUUCUAUAUACAUCAACCUUUGACUUUUUUUUUAC